AAUUUUUAUUUUUAUCUGGAUUUAUUUUUUUUUUUUCGGAGUUUUUCCGGAAAUCGCCGAACUUUUCGCGGAAAUUUCCGAACUUUAAUCGGAAAAAACCACGAAUUUCUCCGGAAAUCUCCGAACUCCUCCGACACCGGAAACACCCGAGGAGCCACGGGAACAACCGAACCCCUUCCGGAAACACCCGAAGAGCACCGGAAACACCCGAAGAGCGGCCGGCAACGCACGGAAUACACCGGAAACACCCGAAGAGCCGCCGGGAAGCCACGAAACCUUCCGGAAACACCCGAAGCGCCGUGCGGAAGUUGCCGAAGCGCCCGUCCGGAAGCGUCCGAAGGCGCAGCGCAAGCGGCGCCACACCAAGAUGGCGGACGGGGAGGAGGUGACUCUGGACGGGCGGCCGCUCCAUCUGCUGCGCGUCGCCGACCUCAAAGCGGCCCUGGAGCAGCGAGGGCUCGCCAAGAGCGGCCAGAAGAGCGCCCUGAUCAAGCGGCUGCGAGGGGCGCUGAUGUUGGAGAACCUCCAGAAGCACUCGAGCCCCCACCCCACCUUCCAGCCCAACUCCCAGGUGAGACCCCCCCAAAAUCCCCCAAAUUCACCCCAAAAUCUCCGCAGCCUCCCAAAAUUCUCGGGAACCCACCCAAAAUUCCCUUAAAUUCACCCAAAAUCG